GAUUGGCCGCCUCCUGCACCCAAGAUGGCGGCCGGCGCGGUGGAUCACGUCGUGGCGGACGCCGGAGCUUUCUUGAAGAACGCGCCGCUGCAGGAGAUUGGAAAAAAUAUCUACACGUUGAAGGAAGUUGUAAAUGAAAUAAGGGAUAAGGAAACUAAACGGAGACUGGCAGUAUUACCAUACCAACUUACUUUCAAAGAACCAUUCCCAGAAUAUAUCCGACAAGUGACUGAGUUUUCCAAGAAAACUGGAGACUAUCCCAGUCUCUCUGCGACUGACAUUAAAGUCUUGGCACUGACCUGUCAGCUUGAGACAGAAUUUGUGGGAUCAGACCAUUUGAAGAAAGAACCAGAACGAAAUAUUCAAGUAAAUAGCACAUUGCAACACCCAGAGGCUCCAGUCAAUGUUGUUGGCUUCCACUUACCAUCUAAGCAACGACUAGAGAAAGACUACCCAAAGCGAGAUGGUGCAGUAUAUUCAGAUUCAGCUUCUGAUUCCACCAACAAAAAACGUGCCAAUGAGCAGUUGGCAUCUAAAUUCAACAGCUUUCAGUUUUGGAGAUGUCCACUCCCAAAUAUUGAAGCAGAUCUGCUAGAUAUCCUGAAGCUGCAGGCUUCCUGCAUUUCUGGAGAGAGACAAUUGGGUGCAGAUCAAGAUCAGAAAGAACUGGGUGAGGAAGAUGAUGGUGAUGAUGAAGAUGAUGCCGACGAUGAUGAUGAUGGUGGUGGAUGGAUAACCCCUAGUAACAUCCAUCAGCUAUGCCAGGGUGUGGGUUCUCCUGAAGUAGCGGCAAAUGUCAAAGUUGGUUGUAUCACUACCGAUUUUGCCAUGCAGAAUGUCCUUAUUCAGAUGAGGCUUCACGUGAUUUCAGUAAAUGGAAUGCUUAUACGACAAGCUAGGAAUUACAUUCUUCGCUGUCAUGCAUGUUUCAAGACCACUACCAACAUGACCAAGGUAUUCUGUCCAAACUGUGGCAACAAGACGUUGAAGAAGGUCGCAGUGACUGUGAAUGAGGACGGAAGCCUUUGCAUGCACUUGUCCAAGAACCCUAAGGUCCUAAACCCACGAGGAUUGAGGCAUUCUCUCCCAUUACCACAAGGUGGGAAGCACGCUCGUAAUCCAUUCUUGACUGAAGAUCAGAACUUUCCUCAGCAACGUCUCUCCAGAAAAGCAAGAAAGAAGACCAAUGUCUUUGACCCAAAUUACAGCGCCAAUGCUUCCCCAUUUGUUGAUAAUGACAUCAAUAGCAGAGCAGCUCAACUAAACAUUCGGGACAACAGCUUUGGAGCUGGAAGGCAGAGAAUGAACCCAAAUGCUGCGACGAAAAAAUUUGUUAAGAAGAAAUAAAAAAAAUUGCAACCUAGUAUUUUCGGUACCUCACAAAGGCUUUUUGAUGAAAGAAGUGUAUUUUAUAAAACUAUUUAUGUAUUAAAUAUGCAGAGACAGUGAGAGCUAUGGAAGUUUAUUAUUGAAUGUCUGCUUUAACAGCUCAAGACAUAUGAUUAACCUGGUACCUGACCCAGCUGCUCUGAAGCUAGUUAUCUUGCAUCUACUUGUGCUUUAUGAAAAGGGUAUAUUUAUUGUGCUGAUGGCGAAGGCUGGACUUGAAGCGCUUUGUCUGCUCCAAAUAGAUAGUCUUAUCUUAAAGCAUUUUAGCUGUCUCUUAAAUAACUUUUCAUCUAUAUAAUUACUUCAGAAGACUCUGGGUUGCAUUUUAAAAAUGUCAUGUACAAACGUGAAUACAUUUACACUGAUAUUCACUAAAAAUGAAUAAAAUGACUAAACAAA